GCAAUUAAAACACAUUUCUAUCACUUCCAAAAGAUUUCUCUUGUCUCUUCGCGGGGCAUACAUCCCUUUGCUCCAGGGCUAGGCAACCACUGAUCCGGUUUCAGUCACCAGUUUUGUUUGCAUUUUACAUAAAUGGAAUCAUAUACCAUGUGCUAUUUUGUAUUUGCCUCCUUUCACCAUUGUUGAGAGUCAUCCAUGUUGUAUCAAUUUCUUCCUUUUUACUUACGAGUAGUUUUACAUUGCAGAGCCUAUUUAUUUCGUUCACCUGUCCAUGGCCAUUUGGAUUGUUUACAGUUUUUGGCCCUUGUGCAUAUAGCUGCUGUGAACAUUCACAUAUACAAGGUUUUGUAUGAAUGUAAGUUUUUGUUUCUCUUGGGUUUAUACCUUGGACAUGGAAUGGCCUGAUAAAUGUUUCACUAUUAAAGAAACUGCCAAACGGUUUCCCAAAGUGCUUGUGACCUUUUACAUACCCAAGAGCAGUAUAUGAGAGUUCCAGUCACUCCACAUCCUUACACAUUCUGUGCCAGCAGUUUAAAAAAUUUUAUCCAUUCCAGUGGGAGUGGAGUGUGUGUUCAUCUCCCUGGGAACUAUCGUUAUGCAUCUUUUUGUCAUGUGUUUAUCGACCACUCACAUAUCAGAUGUGGUGCAGUAUUCAAAGUCCUUUGUCCAUUUAAAAAUUUAGGUUGCUCCUUUUUUUUCUUACUGAAUUAUGAGUCCUUUAUAUUCUGGAUACAAGGUGCUUUGUCACAUAUUACUGCGGUGUUGUAGCCAUUUUAAAACAGUGUUUUGUAGCCAGUAACAUUAGGUAUUUAACAAUCAGCAUGAGCUUUGGUUGUGCACCGCAGAGCAGCUGCAGAGCAAACUGCUAAACCCACAACUCUCUCAAGCUAAGCCUAUACUUUAGUGGGCAGGUAUCUUCAAAAGUAUUCAAAAGACAUUUCGUUUAACUAUCAAGAUAACAUAAUUAGGAUAAUUAUAAUUAUAACAAUAACAAACUGGAUAUAAAAAUUAAGCUAGGAUAGUAAACCAGUAGAAUGUUAGGCUUUUCUGUGUUUGGCUUUGAAUCUGGGACCUGGGCCACGAACAAGACCGGACCAAACGGUGAGUGAGGCUGAGGGUCCCAGUGGCACCGCGUGGGGAUUUCCUCACAGGCAGCUCGGGAGGCGGGGAGGCCGCAUGCGCCCCACGGCCCGUCAGUCUCCGCCCAUAGGGAGGCGGGGUGGCGUUGCCGUGGUAACCGCAGUAAACGGAGACCUCCGGCUGCUGCUGUGUCUGGGGGCCGGCCCGUCCUUUCGAUGAAAUGAAGGAACCAGAUGAUCAGGAUACUGAUGGGGGGAAAUCAGAUAGGUCAAAGGAUGAUGGAAAACAGUCUCAGGGGUCCUCUAAAUCCGCAUCAAGAUCAGUCACUGAGAAAGAAGAUACAGCUUUAGAAGAUACCACAGAUGAAACGUUUACUGAAGGGGAAGAAUCAUAUUUAGCGGGCGAUGACUCACAUGAGGAACCUUUGGAAAGAAGUUCAUCUCAAGAUGAUUAUGUGCAAAGCACUGGAGAAUCUCAGUAUGUGGAAACCUCUGUCCCAGCUACAGAAGAGGCAGAGGAGGAAGUUAAGAAGAAAAUACCUGAUAUCUUCUUCUACGAUUAUAUGGAGCUAGUUUCGAUGCCUUUUGUGACUCCGAAUUUGAACAUACCACUGGAUCUUCUCACACUUGUACAUUCCUUUGGUUAUGACUGUAGAAAGCGGGCCAACCUACAACUUCUGGACAGCAAUACUGUGAUGUACAUAGCUGGGAACCAGCUGAUCCUUCUGAAUUUGAAAACCAAGGAACAGAGCUACCUGCGAAGUAGCAGCAACAGAGGGAUUGGUGUCAUUGGGGUUCACCCUGAUCAAACGUACUUCACAGUAGCUGAAAAAGGAAUUUUUCCAAAGAUUAUCAUCUAUGAAUAUCCUUCUUUGAGGCCCUACAGAAUCCUUCAAGAUGGGACUGAGCUGAGCUAUGCUUAUGUGGACUUUAACAGCAGUGGCAACUUGCUGGCUUCUGUUGGUGGCAACCCUGAUUACACACUGACCAUCUGGAACUGGAAAGAGGAGCAGCCCAUACUGAGGACAAAAGCUUUUUCCCAGGAAGUUUUUAAGGUUACUUUCAAUCCUGACAAUGAAGAGCAGCUUACUACAUGUGGAUCAGGCCACAUCAAGUUCUGGGAAAUGGCUCUAACAUUCACUGGUCUCAAGCUUCAAGGUUCACUAGGUAGAUUUGGCAAAACAGUCACUACUGAUAUAGAAGGUUACAUGGAGCUCCCACAUAGGAAGGUGCUGUCAGGGUCAGAGUGGGGCAACAUGCUGGUUUGGGAAGGCGGCCUCAUCAAAGCUGAGCUCUGUCGAGCUGAAAAGAAAUCCUGUCACCAGGGCCCCAUUAACCAGAUCAUGCUGGAUGAGGGCGAGGUUAUCACCGCUGGGUCCGAUGGAUGGGUCCGGAUAUGGGAUUUUGAGACAAUAGACACUGCUGACACUACAGAUGAUACUGGAUUGUUAGAGAUCGAGCCCAUUAAUGAACUUCAAGUAGACAAGAAUGUCAAACUCUUCUCUAUGAUAAAAAUGAAUGAAACUGGAAAUAACUUUUGGUUGGCUCAGGAUGCCAGUGGAGCAAUAUGGAAGCUUGACCUUAGUUUUUCAAAUAUUACCCAAGAUCCAGAAUGCCUCUUCUCCUUCCACUCUGGAGCCAUUGAAGCUGUGGCUGUCUCUCCGCACACUUACCUCAUGGCCACUACUGCCUUGGACUGUUCUGUUCGAAUCUAUGAUUUUGCUAGCAAAACUCCUUUGGCUCAAAUGAAAUUCAAACAAGGAGGUACGGCCCUCACUUGGGUACCCCAACUGGUAAGCUACACUGGAGCACAGAUUGUUGCAGGAUUUGAAGAUGGGGUUGUUCGAAUUCUUGAACUUUAUGAUCCAAAGAGACUCACAAUUUUUGCAGGACGCAAGAAAAUUUCAGAGGCAGAUAUUCAUUUGAAACAGGUUUUCAAACCCCACACUGCUCCUAUCACUGCUUUAGCUUAUGAACGUGAUGGAGAAAUUCUAGCCACAGGGAGUAAAGAUAAAACCGUCUUCUUUUUUGAUGUGGAAAAGGAUUAUAAGCCAGUUGGUUAUAUUACUACUCCUGGACCUGUUUGCCAGUUAAUGUGGUCUUCAGUCUCUCAUCCUGAUAGUACUUUACUGAUUAUGUGUGAGAAUGGCUAUGUUCUUGAAGCUCCAUUUCCAACCAUAAAGGAGGAAGAGGAAGAUCAUGAUGUAGUUUCCUAUGAAAUCACAGACAUGCGCAUAAAAUGUUUCCAUUUCUCAAGUGUCAAAUCUAAGAUUCUGAGGUUAAUAGAAAUUGAAAAGAGAAAGAAACAAAAGGAGUUGAAGGAGCAGGAGAAGGAACUAAGGAAGAAGCAGCUAGAAGCACAGAUGGAAGCAGAUGAAGGGAAGGAAUUCCAGAUGGAGGAGGAGGGGGAAGAAGAGGAAGAUGAGCCAUUACCUGAAAUUUUUAUCCCAUCCACACCCUGUCAGAUUCUCUGUGGAUUCUACUCAGAGCCAGGGAAGUUCUGGGUUUCUUUGGGUGGCUAUGAUUCUGGUUUUCUAUAUCACUGUCAGUUCCCCCCAUAUAACGAAAACUGUGAUUUUACAGAAGAAAAAGAUGAGCCUUUUGAUUUUCGUCUUCUUGAGGAUACAGAGGAUAAUCCCAUCCAAACUAUCACUUUCAGCAUUAAUCAAGAUAUGAUGUUUUGUGGAAUGCAGAAUGGAGCAAUUCGCAUCUACAUCCUAAGUCAGAAUGAUCUUUCACUGAAUCAUAUGGUGGGCUACUGGAACUGCAAUAUGCAUGACAAUAAUUAUGGAUGUAUUAAAGGCAUCUCUACUAGCUUUGAUGACCGUUUCUUAGUGACUGUUGGGGCAGAUAGUAAUAUCUUUGUUUUCAGCAUUAUUUCUGAAUUUGAGUUAAAGAAAGGCAUCAAAGCCAAAGUACCGUCUCCCAGGUUUGGAAUUGAAACAGAGCCAAUUCCAGAAGACAUUGAAGAUCCCAAAGCCUACAGCAUUGAGAAUGCUAGAAGAAAAAGAGAACAUGACAAGUUAAUGGAAGAAGUAGAAGAAAUAAAGGCUGGGAAGAGAGAGCAACUCAAAGCUUUGAGGAAUGAAUUUUGUAAAUUACUAGAAAUGAAUGAAGAAUUGCCAAAGCAUAUGCAGUUUAAACGGACAGAUUUUGGCAUAGAUUCCAAAAUUCGUGCCGAGAUUCACAGAAAAACAGCUUAUAAAAUUCAACAAGUGGAAAAGGAAUUAGCUUGGGAAAAAGAGAAACAUCAGCUUGGCCUAAUGAAGCUACAGCAUAGAUUUCGUGAUUCAUUGGAAAGUGAUACUAUCGUGGUUCAUGCCAUACAAAGUGACCACAAGAUCUCCUCCUAUAGGCUUGUGAAGCCUUCUCAGUACUCCAAGUCCAAACGGCCAAGCCAGUCAGAUAGGAGACCAAGCAAACUGGAGAGGUUUGAAAAAGAAGGAGCUGGAAGAAAGGAUAGCCUGAGAGAUACAGGUAGGAGUGUUGGCAUGCCAGAAGAACCAAUUAUAGAAAAAGGGAAGAAAUUUCGGCCUAAAACCCUAAGUGAAAUUAUGGUGGAUAAUCAAAUUGAGAAAGCAAGGAAACUUAAAUUAAAAGCAGAAAGGGCCCAACUUAAGAUUCAACAGCGAAAAAAAGAAUGGGAGGAACUGUACAAGAGUAAACCUGAUGAUGACUAUGAAGAUCCCAAAUAUGUUCAAGCCAUUAAAGAGGCCCAGUUAUGUAUGGGAGACUUCAAUCUGAAGACAGCCCCAGACUACAAGAUACCUGAGCACAUGAGAAUAAACGCUGCCAAGAAGGAAGAGGAACUGGAACACCUAGACACUCUGACCCAUUCAAAGAAAAGUCACAUGAACAAGUGCAUUCUGUCUCUUCGAGACCUUAAAAUGGCUGUUGUUGAGGAAAUACAGUGCCUGGUACAAGAACUGAAGAACAUUCAGUUGACUCUGCCCAUUUCCAAGCAUGUUCCCAUCCCCCAGAUCCCUCAGAUACACCCAGAAGAAAUUCCAGAGAAGAGGUUUCAGUACGAUGAGGAAACUCUCCUGGCUUUUAGGCGACAACAGAUGAAAAGUGAGGAUGAAAAGGCUCCCCAUGUGGAACAGGUGGGAUCUUCAGGCUUAGGUGGAGGAUUCCUCAGACUCUCUUCUGGAAAGGAUGGGGAUUUGACAGCACGAGAUUCAUUGUCUAGAUCAUCAAAGGCAUGCACAUUCAGUCUAGAUACUCCAAAGUUCACGAAAUUUGAAAAAGCAGAACCAACUGAUGUGGAACUGGAGAUUAUGAAGAGAGAUGAGAUUAAACACCUGUACACGCAACAGUAUUUGAUCAGCAGGAUCAAAGAACUGAUUGUCACUUUUGAUGCAGAACUUCGUCUUCUGAGACAUCAGAAACUGAAACUGGAUACGCAGAUGAAAUUAUCUGACCUGCACCAUGUCACCUUAUUUCAAGAAAUGCUUCUCCUCAAGAACUUUGAAAAACAGGAGAACAUACUUCAAGAGCGUGUUAAUUUGUUAGAUGAAGAGCAACAGGACCUACAGUGGAGAAUAAAUGAAACUCUCAAAGAGAUGGAAGAGAAAAAGCAUGAAAUCGCCAAGCUCCAGGACCAAGAAAAGGCUCUCUAUACUGGUUUCCAAGCAGCCCUAGGAGAAAACAAUAAAUUUGCUAGCUUCCUUAUGAAGGUCCUAAAGAAGAAGAUUAAGCGAGUGAAGAAAAAAGAAGUUAAAGGAGAUGGUGAUGGAGAUGAGGAGAGUGAUGACUCAAGCGAAGAGGAGUCCAGUUUGGAGAGUGGCGAGGAUGAGUCCGGGUCUGAGGAGGAUGUCUUUGAUGAUUCUGCCUGCCCGGAAAAUUGUGAUGUGGGUCUUUUUGAACUGGCCCUUCGACUUCGAGAGAAAAGACUGGACAUUGAGGAGGCCUUAGUUGAAGAAAAGAAAAUUACUGAUAACCUCAAAAAGGAAUAUGAUGCAUUAUCCAAAAAAGUGAAAGUUGUGGCCACUAAUCUGGACGCAGCAGAGGAGGCCCUGGAGGCUUAUCAACGAGAGAAGCAGCAGCGGCUGAAUGAACUGCUGGUCGUGAUUCCGCUCAAGCUCCACCAGAUGGAGCACGUGGUAUUUGGAGAACUACCUAGUGAUCUUUCUGGAACUUUGGUCUUUUCUAAUCACUCCUUGGGACGGCUGCAAGAACGAAUUGUACAGCUCCAUGAGGAAAAUUCCAGGCAGCAAAAACUUAACAAGGAAUACAGGGAGAGGCGUAAAAAGCUUAUCCGAGAAAAGAGAGAGAUGGCAAAAGCUAUAAACAAAAUGGAAGAAACAGUCCGUCAGCUAAUGAUCAGCAAGUUUGGCCGUGUGAUAGACCUAGAAGCCCUUCAGACACUUUCUGUCAGUACAACACUGGAAGAACUAAAGAUCAAAAAACUUCGAAAAGAGCUAUUGAAUGCAAAAGAAAUGAAAAUGUGGGAGGAGAAGAUUGCUCAAGUGCAAUGGGAACUGAUGACAAAGACAAAAGAACACACCAGAAAGCUGCAUCAGAUGAACGACCUGUGCACUGAAAAGACGAAACUUGAUUCUCAGUUGAAUACGCUGCAGAACCAACAGGGUAAUGCCUUCCAGGGCCCUAGGAAAGCAGAUAUUGUGGCAAGAGAGAAGGUCACUGAUUUGAUCCAAGCCCAGGCACAAAGGAUUGUGGCCUUAAAGGAAGAGAUUGUCCUUCUGCGUAAGAAAGGUGGCCUCAUCCUCCCACCCAUUCAGCCUCCACUAGAGAGCCAGAUGAAGCCCGAGAGCCUUUAAAUUUGCUUUUUUCUCAAAUCUAUCCAAGAUUUCUGGCAUAUAAUUCACCAGAAGCUUUGUUUCCUUAUUGUCUGCAACAAUCCUUUUAAAGUGAACUUACCUAAAAGUUUAAAACCAAAUCCAGUCAUAUAGUUUUAAUAGUUUGUUUCCAAUUUGUCUUAGAACUGACUGCAGGACCCAACAUCUAUUUAUUAUUGAAUUGAAGCAUUUUAGAUAUGUUUGGAACCUACUAGAUGGAGUCUCAUAAGACUAUAUCUCAAAACUGUAAGAAA